AUGUUAGCAACAACUUCACCAAACUCGUUAGUCAUGAACCCAACUUCAAUGUUAGUAGAGAUGAAAAGCUUCAUUCCUUCUUCAUAUACUUUCGAAACAGAAAUCCAGAAGAUAAAGCAAGAACUUCUCCAAGGAGAUUUAGACUGUAGUGCAAAAGAUGAAACAAAUGAAGAAUAUCUUUAUGAAAUGCAGGAUAUUAUUGACCAUCUACCUAAACUUCCUGAAAUACAACAACAAAAGCUUACUAUUCCUGAAUUCGAUGAAAUAGAAGUCAAAGCAACUGACUCAGUAGAAACCAAGAAGUUCAUACGUAAGGUAAACUAUGAGUUUCUUGGAUUUCAUUGCAACCACAAAGUCAUGGACAAAGAUUGCGAUAUGUUAUAUAAGAACAUCUCUGACAUAUACAAAUCUGAAGAAUUUAAGACCUACGACAACUUUGUUUCGUUAGUUGCAAAAU